AUGGAUUACCACAUGGAUUAUGCUCCCAAUGAGGUAAUUUCUCAACAAGGAGAAAGAUUUGUCGACAGAUAUGUUGAUAGAAAAGUAUUAAAGAACAAAAAAUCAUUGUUAGUUAUUGCUUCAUUAUCAGUACUUUCAAUUGUUAGUUUUGUUUUAUUUUAUUUUUCUCCAAAUGGUAGAAAAACUGAUUUAUUCAAAAACUCAUCAGUUGAAAACAAUAAUGAUGACUACAUAAUAAAUAGCUUGUUAAAAAGCCCAAAUGGCAAGAAAUUUAUUGUCUCCAAAAUUGAUGAAGCUAUAUCAUUCUAUGAUAACAAAAAGAAUGACAUAAGUAAAUACAACGACAGUAAAAGCUACAACAACGCUGAUUUUAAAGGCCUUAGCUUAUUUAAAGAAAACACCCCAGCUAAUAAUUUUAUAUAUAAUAAAGAUUAUUUUAUAAAUUUUUUUGAUAAUAAAUUCUUAAUGAAUAAUGCAGAUCAUAUAAACCAAUUCUAUAUGUUCAUAAAAACUAACAACAAACAAUACAAUUCUCCAGAUGAAAUGAAAGAAAGAUUUCAAGUAUUCUUACAAAAUGCAAACAAAGUAAAUAUGCAUAACAAUAAUAAAAACAGUUUAUAUAAAAAAGAAUUAAAUAAAUUUGCUGAUUUAACUUAUCAUGAAUUUAAAAGUAAAUAUCUUAGCUUAAGAUCUUCACAACCAUUAAAGAGUUCUAAAUAUUUAUUAGAUGUAAUGAAUUAUGAAGAAGUUAUAAAAAAAUAUAGAGGAGAAGAAAACUUCGACCAUGCCGCUUAUGAUUGGAGAUUACACAGUGGUGUAACACCUGUAAAAGACCAAAAAAAUUGUGGAUCAUGCUGGGCCUUCAGUAGUAUAGGUUCUGUAGAAUCACAAUAUGCUAUCAGAAAAAAUAAAUUAAUAACUUUAAGUGAACAAGAAUUAGUAGAUUGUUCAUUUAAAAAUUAUGGUUGUAAUGGAGGACUCAUUAAUAACGCUUUUGAAGAUAUGAUUGAACUUGGAGGUAUAUGUCCAGAUGGUGAUUAUCCAUAUGUCAGUGAUGCUCCAAAUUUAUGUAAUAUAGACAGAUGUGCUGAAAAAUAUGGAAUCAAAAAUUAUUUAGCUGUCCCAGACAAUAAAUUAAAAGAAGCUCUUAGAUUCUUAGGACCAAUCAGUAUUAGUGUAGCUGUAUCAGAUGAUUUCGCUUUUUACAAAGAAGGUAUUUUUGAUGGUGAAUGUGGUGAAGAAUUAAACCACGCCGUUAUGCUUGUUGGUUUUGGUAUGAAAGAAAUUGUUGAUCCAUUAACAAAAAAAGGAGAAAAACAUUAUUAUUACAUAAUUAAAAACUCAUGGGGACAACAAUGGGGAGAAAGAGGUUUCAUAAAUAUUGAAACUGAUGAAUCUGGAUUAAUGAGAAGAUGUGGAUUAGGUACUGAUGCAUUCAUCCCAUUAAUUGAAUAA